AUGGUUCAGCGACUUACAUUUCGCCGGCGCUUGUCUUACAACACCAACAGCAACCGCAGGAGAGUAUCAAAGACUCCUGGUGGUAAGCUGGUAUAUUUAUACACAAAGAAGCUUGGAAGCAUCCCAAAAUGUGGUGAUUGUAAAAUCAAGUUACAUGGGAUUACCCCAGCCAGGCCAAAGGAGCUCAUGUCCAUGUCGAAACGACUCAAGUCUGUGACAAGAGCUUAUGGUGGAUCUAGGUGCCACAAAUGCGUAAGAGAAAGGAUUGUGCGUGCUUUCCUUAUUGAAGAACAGAAGAUUGUUGUACGUGUAUUGAAGGCACAGGAGGCAGCAAAGAAAUGAACUGGUGUGAUAGACAAUAAAAAGCUGGGGAAUA